AUGUGCACGAAGAGUGCGACGUAUGGCGUUGCUGACACAUUUCCGAAGCAUGGAUUGCUUCCGAAGCAGGCUACAAAUAGUCGUUCCCGGCAGCGCUUUCCUGACUAUGAUGGACGCAACGUACGUGUGGCCGUUCUCGACACGGGCGUCGACCCUGCGGCAUUGGGUCUGGACGGGCCCAACAAGGUCGUGGAUAUUAUCGACUGCUCGGGCGCAGGAGAUGUUCCGUUGCAACAAGUUGAGGCACAGGCCCGCACUGAUGAUAGCGCUAUCCUGGAGCUCGAGUCGCCCACGACAAAACGCAAGCUCCUUGUCGAUGCUGCAUGGCCGAAUCCAUCAGGUGUGUGGAAGGUCGGUACCAAGCGUGCGUAUGAUUUGUGGCCGACAGGGCUCGUUGAGAGACGGACGAAGGAACGAAAGAAGGCGUUUGAUGUGAGCCACGCGGCUCUGCUGCAGCGUGCGCUCGACGAGCUGGCGUCGGAACGCGCUUCGACUCCGUCAAGUACGAGCGAUGCAAAGGACCGAGAUGCCGCCGCUCAGCGCUGCGAGGAGCUCCAGGCACGUGUAUCGGUGCUGAAAGACAUGCACAAGGCAUGGAAAGACCCAGGACCCGUCCUGGAGGCCGUCGUUUUCCACGACGGUAUGCACUGGCGUGCUGUCGUCGGCGGAGCGGAAGGCGACGUCAUCGAUUCAUCGAAGGGCGAGCCAGAGAGUCAACAUGCGAUGGUGCUCGAUCUUCGCGAAAAGCCGCGUCUCACUGACUACCGUUUAGAGCGCGAGUGGGCGUACUUUGGCGAAAUGGACUUGCUCACAUAUUCGGUGAACAUCAUGAACGACGGACAACUGCUCUCGAUCGUUACGCUCUCUGGAACGCAUGGCACGCAUGUCGCGGGUAUCAUCGGUGCGCAGACGCAGGACCCGGCCACAGACGGCGUCGCUCCCGGCACAGAGAUCGUGAGUUUGCGUAUUGGCGAUGCGCGUCUUGGCAGCAUGGAGCAAGGCCAGGCGCUCUUGCGCGCUGCCCAGGCGCUGAUCGAUACACGCUGCGAUGUUGCUAAUAUGUCGUAUGGUGAAGAUGGCGCAUUUGGCGUAGAAGACAAGGGCGCUUUUGCUCAUGCGCUGCACCAGGUCAUCCGUGAGCACGGCGUGUGUUUUGUUUCGUCAGCGGGGAACAAUGGCCCUGCGCUCACAACCGUCGGACAACCAGGCGGCACGACGUCUGGUGUGUUGAGUGUGGGUGCGUACGUGACCGCUGGCGACAUGCAACAAGCAGAAUAUGCGCUGGUCGAGCGAGGUGUGCCUUCGAAUGUCACAACUUGGUGUAGUCGCGGCCCUACAGCCGAUGGCGCCGCUGGCGUCUCGAUCUAUGCACCUGGUGCUGCGAUCACCUCCAUUUGCCGAUAUGCUUUGCAGUCGACGCAGCUGAUGAACGGCACCUCCAUGAGUAGUCCCAACGCGGCUGGGGCCGUGGCUCUCCUCGUCGGUGCAUGCAAGCCAGAAGGCAUCACGCCUACGCCAUUCCGCAUCUUCCGUGCCAUCCAAGAAUCAGGCGCCGAUGUGCGUGAUCCACAGGGCAUCAAGUUCCUCGAUGUCGAAAAAGCCUGGGACUAUAUCCUAGCGCAUCGCGACGACCCGUAUGCAGACGCUGACAUGCGUGUGCGAGUAACACGUGCAGGCAAGCCUUUGAAUGUCGUCGAUCAGCGCGGCGUGUACUUGCGCGAGGUUGAAGAGACGCAUCGAACGACGCAGUUCCUCGUCACGGUGCAGCCGACAUUCCGCUCUGGCGAGACGCAACGUGCAUAUAAGCUGGAUCUCAAAACCUCGCUUUCAGCCACCCAACCAUGGGUACAUGUGCCCGAAUUUCUUGCCCUUGGCGGCAAUGGCCGUACGUUCGAGAUUCGGAUCGCCGCGGACGCACUGCCGCCCGGUUUGCAUACUGCACAGGUCAUUGCUCAUGAUACCGAGCGGAAUGGUGCCGUUGUCUUUGAUGUGCCGAUCACCGUUGCCAAGCCUGUGGUGCUGCCGACGGCAACGUACGCAUACCCACGAGUGCGACUCGCAUCUGGGGACAUCCACCGCGAGUUUGUGCAGGUGCCGAUGGGCGCCACAUGGGCCGAUGUGCGUGUGCGGAGUGUGAAGCACGAGGCUCCAGGCACGAGCGUGCGCUUCUGGCUGCACAUGCUGCAGCUUGUGCCGCAACGUCGCCUAAGCAAGGUUGAGCAACACUUUGUGCUUGCAUUGAACGAAAAUGAACCCAUCAGCAAACGCGUGCCUGUGUAUGGUGGCAUGACUCUUGAGGUGUGCGCAGCACAGUUCUGGUCGAGCAAGGCUGGGUUUGAGCUGGAGCUGGACGUCGAGUUCCAUGGCCUCGACACGGUGCCCAAGCUCGUCGCUCACUCGGGGGACGCGCACACAAAAGUCGACGUUACCAGCCUCGUGCGGUGUGAGGACUUAAAGCCCAGUGCGUCGCUCGACACACGUCGCACAUACGUGCGGCCGUCAAAGUAUGUGCUGCGCCCUCUGCGGGAGCCGCGCGAUCGUCAGCCGUCGGGGCAUCAGCUGCAUGAACUCGUACUGGAGUACCCUGUCAUUGUUAAGGAUGCUUGCGCGCUGACGUGGCGCUUGCCGCUCAGUGGCUAUCUGUAUGAUGCAAGUGUGACGCUUCUCACGCAACUGCUCGAUGUGAAUCAAGCUCAGGUGGCAUUCGGCGAUGUAUAUGCGAAACCAGUAGACGUCGCAAAAGGCGAGUACACUCUGCGAGUGCAAGCAUUGCACGAGUCGGCUGCUGUGUUGGACCAUCUGCAUGCAAUGCCCCUCUCUCUCGAGCAGAAGCUUAAGAAAGACAUUUCUCUCGACGUAUACCGCGACCAUGUCGACCUACAAAGCCAUGUGCGUCCGGCGAAAGAAGCACUCAAGCUGCACAAGGGCGAGCGAGCAGUCUUGUGCAUCGACACAGCACUUCAUGGCGAGCGCUGGCCAAGUGAUGGCGUCAGUGUCCAUACUGGCGAUGUGUUGUGCGGCACGCUCACGCUGGGCGGAAGUAGCGAUGCAAAAGCUGCCAAGGUACCGCUGGACGUGGUCGUUGGUCUUCCACCACCAUCGAAAUCGGCCGCGACUGCAGCCCCAAAUGACCCCCAGCGUGAACCUGCGUCACUCCCCACGCUUUUGGCCGGCCUUGUCUGCAAGGUACCCGAGUCUGACAAGUCUGCCUUUGUCGAGCAGCUGGUGCAGAAGUACCCGACCGACUUGUCCGUUCGCGUGGCUGCUCUGGAUGCAUGCGAUGCUGAGGACGCUGAUGCAUCUUUGCGCGCUGCUCAGGGUGUGCGUGAAUGCAUUGAUGAGACGGCAUUGCGCCUGUGGCUUGGCGCUAAGCAGCCGCCCACAGCUGAGCAGACGCAUGAGCAGAAAGCGACGGCCAAAACGAUGCAAACGCACAAAGCUGCGCUUGUGAAUGCACUAGUCCGCGAGGCCAAGGCCCACGCACAGCGUGAUCCGUCGUCACAGGUUUGCACGGACGCGAUCAUGCAUGCAAGGCAGUAUGUGGACGACAGCGAUGCUCGGCUCAGGGCGAUGCACACGAAUCUGCUUACGGCUUGGCACCAGCGGAAUGAACGCUAUGGCUAUGCACUCCAGGGCGUGCGGAAGCAGCUUGACGACCUCGGCCGCGGCACGAGCGACACUCGCGAUGACCUGCGCCGAGCGCACGACUUGCAAUGUGAGUUGCUUGAACACCUCCGAUGGGACGUAUGGCGUCACUAUGAGACUCGGUGGGCGUGGCUACGUCGGCCGAGCACAGGCGCUGCGCCUUUUUAG